AUGGAGUAUAACAACGCCUACUUGGACGACCAAGAGCUCCCUCAUAUCAACCAGGAGCAGGGUCACAAUGGAGUCGACAAUCAGCAAUUUGAUGAACAGCCCAUGCUGGCGGUCCAGGAAAGAGCACCACCACUGGCGACGCUGCAUCCCAUAGUGGACGAAGAGGAACUCUUAGCAGCCCAGGCGGCUGCUGAUGCUGCUGUGGCUCAGCAACAGGCACAGCCUCAGCCCGGUGGAGUUUUUGGUAAUGUGGGCCAAGGUUUGACGGGUAAGAAUAGAGAUUUGUUGAUGCAAUAUUGGCAAGAAACGAUUGACUCCAUCGAAAACGACGACCAUGAUUUUAAAAAUCACCAGUUACCUUUGGCAAGAAUCAAGAAGGUGAUGAAAACAGAUGAAGAGGUGAGAAUGAUUAGUGCCGAGGCGCCAAUUUUGUUCGCCAAGGGUUGUGACGUCUUCAUCACUGAAUUGACCAUGCGUGCGUGGAUCCACGCCGAGGAGAAUAAGCGGAGAACGCUCCAGAAGUCUGACAUUGCAGCUGCAUUGACUAAAAGCGAUAUGUUCGAUUUCCUCAUUGAUGUUGUUCCUCGCGAAGAAGAGAAGCCGAAGAAGUCAUUCCCUGGUCAGUCCCGAACUGGUAGCUAUGUUACUACUUCUUCGCAGCCACCUAUGCACCACCUCCAGCAGCCACCAAUGGGUGUGAACCAGAUUCGUGGCACUGCAAACCCUCAAGGACCACCUCAGAACGCGGUUCCUAUGGGACAGAAUACUCACCUGCCCGGCAGUCAAGGACUGCCUCUACAAAACGUUCCACAUCUUCCUCAAACUAGACUGCCCCAGCUUCCGAACCGCUCAACGGACAAUAAGGAACUUCCGCAACAAGUUCCACCCUUAGACGACAUGGGUGCGCCUAGAGAUGAUGGAGUUAAACAAGAAGAGAACGAGGAGAGCUCGAGCUACAAUUUCGACAACUACCAGCCUUAUGAAAACAAUUACUAG